UGCCAGUCAAUGAUAGAUUGGAUAAAGAAAAUAUGGUACAUACAGCGGGACGUCUGGCUUCUGAGCGGGAACCUUUGUAGUGCCAGUGAUGAAAGAGAAAAUUAAAUAUGGGUGAUGUUGAGAAAGGCAAGAAAAUUUUUGUUCAGAAGUGUGCCCAGUACCACACCGUGGAACAGGGAGGCAAGCACAAGACUGGGCCUAAUCUCCAUGGUCUCUUCGGGUGGAAGACAGGUCAGGCCAUUGGAUUAUCUUACAUAGAGACCGAUAAGAACAAAGGCAUCACCUGGGGAGAGGAUACACUAAUGGAGUAUUUUGAGAAUUCCAGGAAGUACAUUCCUGGAACAAAAAUGAUCUUUGCUGGCAUUAAGAACAAUGCAGAAAGGGCAGACUUGAUAGCUUAUCUCAAAAAAGCUACUAGUGAGUAAUAAUUGGCCACUGCCUUAUACCUUAUAUUACAAAACAGAAAUGUCUCAUGACUUUUUUAUGUGUACCAUAAUUUAAUAGAUCUCAUACACCAGAAUUCAGAUUAUGA